AUGCGAGGUUGUUGUGAGAGUAUGUCUGUGUGCGUCGGUCACUCUCUCUCUCUCUCUCUCUAGGCGAAGUUUAUCGCGCGGUUUUUGAAAGCUCGUUUCACGGGGUUUUGGGAACGUUACGUUUUGGAGACGUGGAGCACGAUUAAUGCGUGACUUAACUCGAUUUAUAUACAGUAUAUGGGUGUACGAAUUGUUGUGUUAAGUAAGUUAAUUUAUAAACAAUACAUGGGUGCAUACUGGCAUGAAUAAUGUAUGUGUGAACAUGGCUUCGUAUCCUCUCAUAUCUCAACAUACUCGUACGUAUUUUUAAAACGUACGAAAUCGAUCGAUCGGAAUAACUUGAGACUCCAUCUCUCUGAAGCGUAAACGGAGAAAAAGUUAGCUAUAACCAUAACCUAGAAAAGUAACUUUUUUAACUUUGCCAGACUUAAGUGUACUACAGGCGGCGAUAAUUAUUGCCUGGUCUUCAAGAUGAAAACUUCCGGACUGCAAUACAUUCGGCUGUCAGUGGUCCUGACUAUCCUCUUACCAGACUGGACUUCGUCGUGGUUCGGAGGACCGAUCUUCAGGGAAUCUCCAGUCAACGUGACCGUGAACGAGGGAGAUCAGGCCUUCUUACCUUGUCGUGUGAUUAACCUCGGAGACAAGUCGGUGACUUGGAUGAGGAAAAAGAAUUUGCACAUACUAACGGCUGGGAUGCUGACAUAUUCGCCCGAUGAUCGAUUCAAGGUGCUGCACCCGCCGGGCUCCGAGGAGUGGACGCUGCAUAUCAAGUUCACCCACCUGGGUGACGGCGGCUGGUACGAAUGCCAGGUCAACUCGGACCCAAAGAUAACAAGGCGGGUUCUUCUCCUGGUGAAAGAUAAAAGUCUGAACGACCCCUUCUACGAGCCGGAGUUCGAGAUAGUAGAUAACAGAACAGAAGUCGAGGUGGAAGGCCCCAGCGAGAGGUACAUGCAGCAGGGCAGCAUCCUAUCCCUGGUGUGCAGCAUCCGGCACAGGGGCGUCAGAGGACCGGAGCUGGUGGCGUGGUUCCACGGAGCCGUGAGGCUGCACUACGAUUCCCCGAGGGGCGGGAUUGCUCUGCAGACAGAGAAAACGAGUGAGAGGACAGUCAGUCGACUGAGGUUGUCGAAUGUGACGCCACGGGACUCGGGAAGGUACAGCUGUCGACCAGACACCGGCGGAAUUUCUUCUGUGUCCGUUCACAUACAGUCAAGUCAGCACCACGCGGCUGUACAACACAACACUCACAGCAGUGGCGUCGGCACCAGUGACUACUCCUCGAAGUCUUCGGUGGCUUUGCAGUUUGUCUUCCUCUUGGCCUCGGGACAUGCAGUCAUAGCGUCGCACUUCCGAUGACCUGAAAGUGUUCAUCAGUCGAAGGUAGGAUAUCCAGAGGUUCGGAAAGCUCUUAUCUCAAAAUGCACCGAGUCUAGGUCUAGGGUUGUUCAAAUAAGCCGUAGUCACAUAAAGGUGACAUAAAACGUUGCAUAAGUAGGGGCCACUGUAUUCAGGUACGUAAGGACUUGCUGAAAUAAAUCCUGGAAGUGAUUGCUUAUAAGCGUGUUAAGAUUUAAGAAAGCUUUAGUCUAGUUGCUCUGAGGUACAGGUCACGGAACGCAAUUACAACCGUUGAUGCUCAUUUUGUGUCACUUAUGGAGACCCCCAGUCUCCCUAAGUCUCCAUUUGUCAUUUCAGAUUCUUUUUUAUUAUAAUUAUUAUAUAUUUUUCCUCCCCAGAGAUAACGCCAAAUCACCUAUAGGAGCGACAACGACCUGGCAAAGUAAGGGAGUUUUUGUUGAGCACACAAAGCCAGUUUGGAGUGUUUUUUUUUUUUAGAUUUUUGAAAGGCAAAGUCUGAUCACUGGAUUUUGAAAUCACCAAAAAAAUUGACCGAUGUGACAUUUUCGAGAAUGAGAUUAUAUUAGCUCAAUUUUUUUACGUAAUGGGAACCAUUUUAACACCUGCUACAUCGCCCUCUGAGAAUAACCAAUACUGUUCUAGUCUGUUGACGACCUCUUCUGAGAAACCAUUCUUGCAUACUUUUAAGAAAUCACCCUUGGCUCAAUCGUCCUUUAAUAUAGAGAUCAGUGCGAUUUCCAAGGAGGACAGUGCUGACAUAAUUGCUCUGCAAAAAGGAUCUGUGUUUGGGUAUCUAAAUGAAAGGUUUGCCUUCGUUGCUCUCUGCUGAGAACCAGCACUGUUUGACAAAAGUAUAUUCCUUCACCUCCAUCUUUUGGCACGUGUACUAAUUAGCAUUACAGGGUUUGACUUCAUCUAAUUUUGGAAUCAUACCAGCAAGCCAAACAGCUUUUUGUAUUCUUCUCCAGCUCCUGCGUAUGAAGACAAGGAUUGACUUCUAGUCUUGCAGGAAAGGGUGUAUAACUUCACCUUCAGCCUCUUGAGAACUAGUAAUAACUGGCACAAGAAAGUCUUACUUCGCCUCCAGUUUCUGAGAAAUAUACUGACCAGCGACUUCAUCUCCAGAAUUCGAAACCAUUGCAUCAGCUUCUGAGAACUAGUAAUGACUAUCAGUAUGAGAACUAUACUCUGUUUUAUUUCAUCUGUCCAUCCGCCUGUGGUGUUUGCGCAUGGUAUCACUGCGUCCUGUGCUUUAGAUAAUAUCCUAUUUCGAAUAUUAACGGAUAAUUCGCAUACAGUAAAUUAUUAAACACUUUUCAGUUGCAAAUGUACUCCCAGAUAUCCUUUUAUUUACCUAAAACUUACACAUAGUAUAACUAUUUAAAGCCCGGGACGCAGUGUUACCAUGCGAAAACACUACAGGCAGAUGGACAGAUGGAAAAAAACAGAGUACAGUAAUGAUUAUCAAUAGGCUAUAGUGUCUGCCUCGCCUUCAUCAACAUCUGAAACUAGCAAGACAAUCUAGCUAUUAAGCUAGCUUCUGAGAAAUCACAUGAAUUAGCAAGGCAGGGAUUGAUAUCAUUGCCAUACCUAGCAAGUUGAUUUUUCAGAGAACCAGUAGUGCUAGUGAGAAGAACUAGUAAUAUCUGUAAGAUGACUGGCAAGUUUUACAUGUUCCUAGAUGCAGAUUUUUUUUCUGAUUUUGAUGAGUUCAACUUCUAUCGUUUUUCCUAAUAACCCGUGGUUUCAACUUCUCUGUCUACUGAUGGAAUGCAAUUCAUAAGCCUUGAAUUCAUCGCACCUUGUUGGCAAGACACAAGACAUAUGACCUAAGUAAUUUAACUGGAACAUGAAACAGAUUGUCAAAGGAAAAUUCUCCAAAUGCGUACAUUUAUCAAAAAGUAUCAGUCCUUUCGGAAUUUAACUGAAGACUCAUUAUUAAUUAUGUCUUUAGGAAGAAUAUUAAGCAAGAUCGUACAAGAUUCUGACACUGAAUAAUGUUGGCACAAGUGAAUUACAGGGUAUCGAAAUCACCUUUUAUAGGAAGUGUGGGCAAUCGUGGAAAAAAAAUAUGGGCCUACACUAGGGUGUUAUCUAGAAAGUUAUAUUUGAAUUCACUAACUAAAUUCAUUUCUUGGCUUGAAAUCUAUUGCUAAUGAGCAAUGGUAUCAGAAACAUAAUACUGUGCAGUGUUACCAGGGUUACAAAGGAGCAAACUUAUUCUCAAAGUAUCAGUGGAAUUGUGUCAAACUUUCUUGGAAAAGUGUGAGCUUCCAACAACAAUUUUUCAACGUAGCUGUCUCAUAUCCUAAGAAAAAAUGAACAAGAGACGUGUGCCUUUUGAAUACAUAAACAUUUUUAUUUUGGUCGACUGCUGUCAACAAAAUGCAGUAGAUAAGUGGAGGGUGUCCCUUAGAAAAUGUGAAUAUUCUUAUCAGUAUCUACUGUCAUCUUGAUGGUCUUCUAUGGAGGAGUUGAUAGCUGAUCGAAUCUUAAUUUGCUUGGCUUACCUAAAACCAAAAAGAUGAAGGAUAUGUCUCCCAGUCUACUGUUAGGAGCCCUUGGUACGGAGUGAUUGUUUACCUAUCAAAUAGGUGCCCGGAUAUUAAGGAACUGCAAUGAGGGAGAAUCUCUAGACUUGACAAGAGAAAAGAGAAAAAAUAGGGGUAUGCAGACAUGUGGGAGGGUAUGUACUAACCCCCAUUCACUUACAUACCACCACUUAGCAACUAAUAAGCUUCAGUGACCAAUCCAGCUUACGCUGAUGAUACUCCUUCAUGAAAGACAAAGGUCACAGCUGCAGUCAAGAAAAAGUGAGUCUUUUGAGAAUGAGAACGGAGGAACCACAUCAGGUCGUCAGAAUAAACUACAGUAUUUAUAAGUGGUGAUGCUGCAUAAUUUGCCAGAUUUUGUUAAAAAUAAAGGAAGUACUUUCAAAAUGUUACUGCUAAAAACAAAGUAUCUAACAUGGAGGUAUUAUAUCACUUUGCAGGAAACUAUCUUUUGUUAAAUCUAAUGGGUAAGUGUUAAUUAACUUAUGAAUACAUAAUACAAAACAACUACCUCAUUUAAGGUGUAAUUGUAAGCAGUUCAUUAAAUUAUAAAUAUACU